AUGCCAAAGAGGAAGAGCCUUACUGGCAGGGAAAAGCGCCAGGGUGAUAAAUUACGCAAAAGGGAGAAAAGGCAAAAACAGACCCUUCCCUCACCAGAUGAGAAGCCACCAGAUUCUGCUAUCCCUUGUGGAUCAGCAGAUGGAGUUGUUAUGGCUCCACCCGGUAAUUUUCCGGGUCAAGGCUCUAUAGGGUUGCCGCCUUUUGAGGAAAAACCCUUGGCCAGGUUGCAGGCCUCUCUUCGCGAGAAAAUGCAACCAACUGCCCUGAGUAACGCAUCUUCUCAGGGAAGUCGUCUGUGUGCCCGAAACGGAGGCAUGGCACCGUCCCCUGACUCCCCACCGUGGGUUUGUACCUCACCGAGGGUACCUGAGCCGGACACCGUGCACGUGUCUGGCUCAGCAGGUCAGGCGCAGCUGGAUAUGUCAUCCUCUAAGGGGGAUGAGUCCAGCAGGAGAUUGAUUGAUGCAAACUGGAGUAAAAGAACGAGAUCUAAAAGGAAUACUAAAAGGAAUUUACAUGAUGAAAAUGAGAUUGAGAAUAUAGAUAGUGUAUAUGAGAGAAAUAAAUCAGAAUGCAGAAUUGAAAGGCAAUGUAGUGGUGAAGUGGAUGAUGUUGACAAUGCUUGUAGUACUUCUGAUGGACCAGUAUCAAUGUGUCAGGUAUGUGUUCAAGGUUCUUUUCAUCAGGGUGACUUAAUGUUUGGUGAAAAUGCGGGAACACAGUGUGUCGCAAACUCUUUGGCAGCAUUAGCAUAUCAUAAACUAAAGAACACCACACAAUGGCAAACUUCAGACAUGAAUAAAGUAUUAACAAUGGGUGAUGAGCUUUAUACAUACUUGCAGCGUUGUUCAACCAUUGUUAGCAGAUACUUGUUAGUUGACGAGCUACCUCAGUUUUUUGAAUGUUUUAAUGCUAUGUUCCAAUUCAAAGCACAUGAAUCCUUAUGUAGCCUGAUAAAUUUGUCUGAUAUAGAACCAAACUAUGAUGAUUUUAAUGCAUAUUCACUGUCAGAUGCAUUGCAAAUUUCUUUGGAAGGAACAAGUGGAUGUUUUGUGUGUUUCAUGGGAAAUACAUUUUUGGUUGGAAAAACUGCAGAUGGUUUCUUUACAUUUGAUUCACACUCAAGGUCACCAUUAGGAUAUAUGAGUGUAAAUGGAAGGAGUACAAGAGUACUCUAUCAUUCAGUUCAUGAUAUUUUCAACCACAUUUUGUCAUUAGCAAUGUCAAUGGGAUUUUCAGGAAUUACUGAAUGUGAAAUAACUGGUGUUGAUUUGUCAGUGAGUCAGGUUUCAUCUACUGAUGAGCAUGAUGUUGAAAUCGAGCAAAUAGAAAUUACACAGGAAAUGGGAGACUCUAAAGGGGCUUUUCAAGAAAACACAAACAUUUUGCUUAAAAGUACUCCGUCAGUUGCAGAUGAUGAUUGUGAAAUUAUUUGCAGUGAAAGAAGUGAUAUUAGUUUUUUGCCUCUUUCAUUCAGUAAAAAAGUACACCUUUGUCAGAUUAUUGGAAUACCGCAUUCAAAUGGAAUUGACAAUGAUGAACAGGUUUGUCUUGUGCAAAAAGUGGGUGCACCUGUCAAGUGUGUUGAAAUUGUAGGGGAUGGAAACUGUUUUUUUAGAGCUGUUUCAUUUUGUUUGACUGGAGUGGAAGAUUAUCAUUACACAAUACGAUCAGCAGUAUGUCAACAUCUUCUGCACAACAGUAUAUUGUUUGAAUCCUUUGUAAGAUGUGCAGAAAGAUCUGUAGAAAAUCAUUUGGCAUUAACAGACAUGACAAACGAUGGUACAUGGGCAACUGAACUAGAAAUUUUUGGACUCUGUCAUCUCUUGAAUAUUGAUGUCCAUACAUAUACAGAGAAUCAUUGGGUUACAUAUUCAAGACAAAUGAUACAAACUACAACAAAUGAUGAAUUCAUUGGAUCAAUUUAUUUAGAUCAUAAGAAUCGGAAUCAUUAUAAUGUAGUGGUGACCGUGGCUGAAAAAAACUCAGAUGAUUACAUGAAAACACAUUCCCUAUUGUACCGAAAGAGGCAUGGAAAUCGAAACCGCAUGAGGCAAGUACGCAUUUCAUCCCUAAAAAAAUCUAGAAUAAAUCUUGAAAUGAAAGCAAGGAAUUUGAAUCGCAUGAGAAAGAAGUUGAGAGCAGCAAAAGUAAAGUACCAAACUAACCUCAACUUUAAAUUAAAGGCAAUAGCAAAUGGGAAAAAAAGACAGAAUUUGAAAAAAAGAAGCACAGAAAAGUACAAGAAAGAUGAAGUACACAGAUUGAAUGUGAAACAAAGAAGUACAGAGAGGUAUAAAAAUGAUGAAGUACACAGAUUGAAUAUGAAACAAAGAAGUACAGAGAGGUACAAAAAGGAUGAAGUACACAAAUUGAAUGUGAAACAAAGAAGUAUAGAGAAGUAUAAGCAAGAUGAAGAUCAUCAACAUAAGGUUAAGAAUGCGAAUAAACUAAAGUAUCAUGCAAAUGCUGAUGAGAAAAAGAAGAAGAAGGAGGGUGUCUUUAAUCAGAGACGGGCUCUAAAAGUUAAGCUUGAAGAUGAAGAUGAAGUUGUGAAACUGUUCAAGGAGAGCAUAGGAAAUGGCCCAGAAUACACAUGCUGCUGUUGUCAUAGAUUGUUGUUUGAACACCAAGUCCAAAGAUGUUCACUUGAAAUGUACAAAGGAAGACAAAAAGCAUAUGAAAUUGCACAGACCUGCAUACAGAAAAAAUAUUAUCAUGAGUGUACACCAUCUUGUCCAAAGCAUUGCCCAAAGUCGUCUUUGUGGAUAUGUUUUACCUGUCAUAGAAAAAUAUUAAGUGGUAAUAUUCCAGCAGAGGCGGCUGCUAAUAAAAUGUCAUUGGAGGAAAUCCCAUGUGAACUUGAGAAUUUAAACAGUUUGGAACAGCAUUUAAUUGCUUUACAUAUUCCCUUUAUGAAAGUGAUGGCUCUUCCACAAGGUGGUCAAAGAAAUGUACAUGGCCCUGUUGUAUGUGUGCCAUCAAAUAUUCAAAAGACAACAAGUUUACCGAGAAAUCAGGACGAUAAUUUAUUGUUAAGAGUUAAGCUUAAACGAAAGCUAGCUUACAAGGGCUACUUUGAAUACCAGUUUGUUAAUCCAAAUCACAUAAAGGUUGCCCUUGAUUAUCUAAAGAAGGAGAACAAAUGGUAUAAGGAUGUAGUGAUCAAUAGUACAUGGGAAGGAAAUAGUGACAACAGCGACUUGUUACCGAAUGAGUUGAAUGAAUUAGUUGAUGAUCAAGAGGAACUGAAAGAAGAAGAAAGCCAUUAUAUUCAAGAGGUUGUCACUGACACCUGCUUACAGCCUGUUGAUGUUGCACAAGAAGUUCUUGAUCAUUACUUUGACGAUAUUUACCAUAUAGCACCAGGUGAAGGGAAAAAUCCAAUCCGAAUGUUACAAGAAGAGGGAAACGAAGCAAAGACAUUUCCACAUUUAUUUCCAAGUGGCAAUUUUUCAUGGAAUGAGGAUCGAGAUGUGAAAAUUAGUCUAUCAAGAUAUUUUAACAUCAGACUUAUGAAUGCUGAUAACAGAUUUGCUAAGGACACAAAUUACAUAUUCUUUUCUCAAUACAUGUCAGAAUUGAACCAAGUUAUUGAGAAAACACAAAUUUCAAUUCGAAAGUCUUUAUCAAGGCUUGAUAAUCGAAAAGCAGUUACAUCUGAAAUGUUACAGAAUCCAGAUGUUCUUUCUAAACUCUUCAAGAAUGAUGAAGCUUUACGCUUUAUGCAACCUAUUCGAGGAACACCUGCAUAUUGGUCGGCUACUCAGAAAGAUUUGUUUGCUAUGCUUCGACAGUUAGGUAUCCCAACAUGGUUUUGUUCAUUUUCUGCAGCUGAGUUCAGGUGGAACGAAAUUAUUGGGUCAAUAUUGCAUCAUGAAAAUGAUUCUAGAUCCCCAUCUGAUUUAGACUGGUCAGAAAAAAGUGAAAUUUUGAGAAGCAAUCCAGUCACUGUUGCCAGAAUGUUUGAAUAUAGGUUCCAUAUGUUUCAAACAAAUGUUAUACUGUCUCCAUCAAAGCCAAUAGGGAAUGUUAUUGAUUAUUUUGUGAGAGUAGAAUUUCAACAAAGAGGUUCUCCACAUAUGCACUGCUUGUAUUGGAUCGAAAAUGCACCGAAAUUUGACGAAGACAAAGAGGAGGUUGUUUGUGAUUUUAUUGAUAGCUAUAUCACAUGUGCAGUGCCAUCUGAAAAUGAAGAUCCAGAACUUAGAAGAAUUGUUUUAGAUGUUCAACAACAUAGCAAAAGUCACUCAAAAUCAUGUAGGAAAAAGGGAACAGAUUGUAGAUUCCAUUUUCCAAGACCACCCUCAGAAAGAACAUUUAUUACUAAGCAAUGUGAAAAUGUUGAGGAUGACUCGGAGAAUAAAAGAGGGUUGUGUAAAUCUCAGGCUGAAGAUAUUUUAUUGCGUGUUUGGAAUGAGGUUCUAGAUGAUGUGAAUGGAUGCAAAACAACACAGGAAAUAUUUUCUGAAAUGAAAUUAUCACAAGAUGUUUAUGAACUUGCACAUCAGGCGCUAUCUGCGAAAACAAGUACUAUCUUGAAACGAAAUCCAGAUGAAAUGUGGACAAACCAAUACAACUCGUGUCUUCUAAAAUGCUGGGAUGCCAAUAUGGACAUACAAUACAUCCUUGACCCAUUUAGCUGCAUUGUUUACAUUAUUUCAUAUAUUUCAAAAUCAGAACGCGAAAUGGGAAUGCUAUUGAAACAAACUCAAGUAGAAUCAGCAGAGGGAAAUUUAAGUGCUCGUCAAACGAUAAGGAAAAUUGGAUCAGCUUAUCUUAAUCAUAGAGAAGUAAGUGCCCAAGAAGCAGUGUACAGAGUUUGCAAUCUCAAAAUGAAAGAGGGUUCAAGAAAAGUAGUGUUUGUCCCAGUUGGUGAAAAUCCGACUCGAUUAAGUAAACCCCUUUCACAAAUGAAAAGAACACAUAAGAAUGGAAAUGAUAUGGAAGAUGAUGAUGAUGACAGUAUUUGGAUGACAAAUAUUGUGGAGAGAUAUGAAAAUCGUCCUGAUCUAAAUCCUUUUCCUGAAAUGUGCCUUGCAGAAUUUUGCUCUCAGUAUCGUGUUCUUGCGAAAUCCCAGAUUCCCAAGGUUGAAAAAGAAGGUGUUUUUGAAUUGAAAAAUGGAAAUGGUUACAUUCAAAAAAGAACAAGAGCCAAACCAGCUGUAGUAAGAUAUCAGAGAUUCAACCCUGAAAAUGCAUCAGAGAAGUAUUUUCAAUCAAUCCUACAACUUUUCCUUGCUUAUAGGACACAAGACCAACUGAAACCGCCAGGAUUUGACUUAUAUCAGACUUUUUAUGAAAAUGGGUUUGUCAGAAUGAGACCUGAAAAUGAAUUGGAAUCUGUCAGAAGUGUGGUUGAAAAAAAUCGUUGUUGUUUCUCAAAGAAUGAGGAUGCUUUACAAAAUGCUCAAGAAACUUUAGAAGUUUACGGUGAACCUGAAGAUGCCUGGGCAAAUCUUUGUCCUGAAAGUGAAAGGAAUCGGGAAGAAUGUGUGAAAGAAAAAAGGACAAGAGAACAAUUAGAUAAUAAAGAACCAGAAAUCACACAUGAAGUGGAAUGGAACAGCCCUUCGGACUUGAUAUAUCAUAUAAGGGAAACCUCUAACUCGAGGCAGGAAGUCCUUCCUUUGUUGCGGUGUUUAAAUGAAAAACAAAAGCAGAUUUUUUACUUAGUUCGUGAAUGGUGUUUGAAAAAAGUUGAUGGGAGGAAAAUUGAGCCAUUACAUAUUUUUGUUACUGGAGGUGCAGGGACAGGAAAAAGCCACCUGAUCAAGACUAUACAGUAUGAGGCUUCUAGAGUGUUUGAAAAAACUGUUUUGACUCCAUCGGAUUUGACUGUUCUUCUCACAGCUUUUACUGGAACGGCAGCUUUCAAUAUUGGGGGAAACACAAUUCACCACGUAUUUUCUUUAACUAAAGCUCUUCCCAUUCCAUACGAACCUCUGAAAGAACAAAGUUUAAGUGCAAUGAGAGCAAGGUUGGCUUCUUUGCAGAUUUUGGUCAUUGAUGAAGUAUCAAUGGUUUACAAGCGACUUCUAUACUACAUUCACGAACGUCUGGUGCAAAUCAAGAAAUGUAAGGAACCCUUUGGUGGUAUUUCGGUCAUAGCUGUUGGUGAUUUUUACCAACUGCCUCCUGUGAAGCAACGAAAAGUGGAAAUAUUGUACAAAGAAAAUGAUGAAUAUCCCAUAGACUACUGGUUAGACUUUUUCAAAAUUGUUGAGUUGAAGGAAAUAAUGAGACAACGUGAAGAUGCAGCAUUUGCUGGGGUAUUGAAUUCACUAAGGAUUAGAACAAAAGAAGAACCGCUAUCAGAAGAUGUUAAAACAAUGUUAAAAGAAUGCAUUAGAGAUGGUCCAGAUGAUGUACUGCAUGUGUAUCCUACAAAUGACGAAGCAAAUGAAUAUAAUUUGAAGAUGUUGCGAACAAACUGUGGAGAAUUAAUAGAGAUUGCAGCUGAAGAUUAUCAAAAAGACAACACAACAGGAAAGCUGACUUUACGUGAGAAACCAUUCAUAAGAACAAGAACAGAUGGUCUCUCUGCUUCUUUGCUGUUUUCUGUGAAUGCUAGAGUGAUGUUGACAAGAAAUAUUAAUGUUGAAGAUGGACUUGUAAAUGGAGCAAUGGGAUAUAUUUCAGCUUUUGAAUUGGGAAUGAAUGAGAAAAGAAAUAGGGUACAAGGAAUUAGAAUGAUUUUUGAUAGUGAAGAGAUUGGAAAAUUGCAAGGAAAAAAGACAACACAUGGAAAUGAGGUAUUGAUUCAAAGAAUACAAGAAGAUAUCAAAGAAAAAAAUGCAAAAAAUGUUGUACGACACCAGUUCCCUUUGAAACUUGCGUGGGCAUGUACAGCACAUAAAGUUCAAGGCAUGACGACAAGCAGUGUUGUUGUAAAUUUAGAUCGUACUUUUGCCCCAGGACAGGCAUAUGUUGCAAUUAGCCGUGUGACUUCACAAAAUGGUUUAUUCAUAGAAACAAAAGAUGAAAACGAAUUGCCCAAAAAAAUUUACGCUAAUCCAGAUGUAAAAUCAGCACUGGAAAAAAUGGUGAAAUUAAUCCCUGAACAUAAUUCUCUGAACUUGUACGCUGAAAAUGGAAAGUUCAAAACAAUUGUUUUACUCAAUGUACAGAGUUUGAGAGGACAUUUACUAGACCUGAAAAGUGAUACAAGAUUUCUCCACGCAGACUUGAUAUGUGUAACAGAAACAUGGUUGACAGACAAUGACAAUAGCAAAAACUUUGAAAUUCAUGACUUUGAAUUCAGCCAUAUCACAAGAAAGCAGUCUUAUGAUGAAAGUAUGGACAAUUUUGCUAAACUUCGAACAGCAAAAGGAGGAGGUGUUGGUAUUUACAAGAAGAGAAAGGAAAAAGCUAUAGUUCAUGUUUUGCCUCAAAAAAAUAUUGAGGGAAUGGCAUUGGAACUUUCUGAGGAGAAAACUGUUGUCAUCAUUCUUUACCGACCGAGUACUCUCAAUGUCAGAUAUUUUCUGGAUAGUCUUCAGAAGGUUGUGGAUUAUUUUAAAGUACUGUAUUCCCAAUGCCUUGUACUUGGAGAUUUUAAUGAAGAUGCACAAUUGAACGGACCAAUUCAAAAAAUGUUAGAGACAAAUGGAUUUAAGCAGAUAGUUAACUUUGCAACAACAGAGGGUAAUACCAUACUAGAUCACGUUUACAUCACAGAGCAGAUGGAAGCAAGUGUAGAGGGAAUACCAGUUUAUUACAGCUAUCACGAAGCUAUUAGAGUGUAUUUUAAAACAAAAUAG